AUGGAGCAACCGUUCCAUCCGAGUGCAACUCCUUCUAAACCAACCCCGCGGCCAACUCUUCCAAGGGCAAAUACGUCUACCAACCAGCCAAAGGCAUGUUUCAAAUGCAAGGGAAUUGGCCACCUCAUGGCUCAAUGCCCUAACCGAAGCAUCAUGUACAUGAAUGAAGAGGGAAUGUGGCAAAGCGAAGGAGAGGAGGAAUAUGCGGACAUGCCACCGCUUGAAGAAGAGGGGAAGGAUGCUGACCUGGUUGAAAUAGAAGAGGACCCCGUGGCUCGAACUAUGGUGACUAUGAGAGUGCUAAAUGCACAAGCUCAAGAAGAUGAUCUCCAACGGACCAACAUUUUUCAUACGAGAUGCAAAAUUGGAGAUGAGGUAUGUCUCAUGAUCAUUGAUAGUGGCUCUUGUACUAAUUGCGUAGCUGCUGACUUUGUUGAGCAAAAACACCUUCCAUGGACUUACCACCCUAAACCCUAUAGACUAUCUUGGUUAAAUGAUGGGGGGGAAGUCAAGAUGACCAAACAAGCUUUAAUCGCUUUUUCUAUUGGUCGAUACAAGGACCAAGUUUUAUGUGACGUAAUUCCUAUGCAAGCUAGUCAUGUCUUGUUAGGGCGUCCGUGGGAGUAUGAUCGGCAGGCUGAUCAUAUUGGACUCACUAAUAAGUAUAAGUUCAUUAUGGACAACCUCAAGAUCACUCUUUCACCCUUGACACCUACACAAGUGUAUGAGGAACAAUUGCAUCUAAGAAAAGAGCGAGAGAAAAGGCAACUGAGAGAGGCAAAGAAAAAGCCGAAUGUGCCUGAGGAUGAGGAAAAAAAGAAAGUAGAGGCCGAUGAAGAAAAGAGCUUUUAUGCAAGUGUGCGUGAGAUAGAUAGGGCCUUGAAUGCACAAAGUCUUCUCAUAGUACUUAUGUACCGGGAAGCCGAUUAUUCUUCUUUUUACACACUUGGCAUAACCGAUUCUCUUCCUAGUGCAAUCUACUCUCUUUUGCAGGAAUUCAAGGAUGUGUUUCCGGAGGAACUACCGAAAGGAUUACCUCCAAUUCGAGGUAUUGAACAUCAAAUCGACUUUGUUCCUGGAGCAAUUCUACCAAAUCGACCAGCCUAUAGAGCAAAUCCGGAGGAAACAAAGGAAAUCCAAAGGCAAGUCGAUUCCCUCCUUGAAAAGGACCAGGUACGUGAAUCUCUUAGUCCUUGUGCAGUUCCAGUCAUUUUAGUGCCUAAGAAAGAAGGGACUUGGAGAAUGUGUACAGAUUGUCGUGCAAUUAAUAAAAUUACUGUUAAGUAUCGUCAUCCUAUUCCUAGGUUAGAUGAUAUGUUAGAAGAAUUGCAUGGGGCAAUCAUUUUCACUAAAAUUGACUUAAGAUCUGGUUAUCAUCAAAUAAGGAUAAAGGAAGGAGACGAAUGGAAAACUGCUUUCAAAACAAAGUAUGGUCUUUAUGAGUGGCUUGUGAUGCCUUUCGGCUUAACAAACGCUCCAAGUACUUUCAUGAGGUUAAUGAACCAUGUUUUAAGGCAUUUUCUUGGGAAGUUUGUUGUUGUUUAUUUUGAUGAUAUAUUGAUCUUUAGCAAGUCUUUAGAUGAACAUGUUGAGCAU